AGGUUUGGAGUUCCUCUCCAUUCGCCACACGUAUGGACUCAUCUCACCUCUGUGAUCUUAAGCUUUAAACAUUGGCGGUGUCUUCCGCCGUUUGGAAUCAAAGCAGGAACUUCGAUUUGGAUCUCCCGAAAUUAUCUGAUCUUUGAGAACAGGAUCUUCACGGCUCAGGAGACAAUCACCAAAGCUUUACACGAUGCCAGAGAGUGGAAACUAGCCCAAAAGGAGGAGGAAACAUAUGUCUCUCUCGCCAAACAAGUUGUUGCUUCACCUCUCAAUUCGGAUGAUAAUGCAUGCAAUACAGACGUGGAUUGUAGUGUAGAUCGACAACAAGCAGGACUUGGAUGGGUCUUCAGAACUCAUAAGGGAGCGAUCAUGACACAAGGAACACAGAUCGACUCUUCAGCGGCCUCCCUUCUAAUGACGGAAUCGCUAGCAAUCUUCAACGCUUUGAAGAAAGCUUUACAUGAAGGUUCUCAUCGAAGCUUUAAACUCCGCCAAGCACCAGAAGGAGAUUUACGGCUUGGUUUACGACAUCAAGCACCUCUCUCUCCUUCGACGUUAUCUCCUUUCAGUUUGUACCAAGAUCAGCUAAUGGGU